AUGAUAAGUGUAGUCUCUCUAUGUCUCUUGCUGCAGCUUGGCUUGACCACUGCUCAAUUUGCCAUCUACGAGCCAGACUGGCUCGACUCUACCCUCGGCGAUGCGUGUAUCAAUGCCCUUUCCGCCGACUUUAAUUGCGUUGAUUAUGUGCAAACAUUCAUGCAACUACGUUAUCGCACAUCUCUUGAAAAUGUCACUUUGACGGAUAUGAUAUGUACAAGCGACUGUUCAGCUUCCUUGAAAAAUUGGUUCGACUCUGUCACUGCGAACUGCGCAGGCAAGACUCUUAAUGACGGCAACCCUACAGCAUUUGGUGGUUAUAUGUGGGCUGGAUUCAACGAGACCUGCGUUAAAGAUCCCAAGACAAAGCAGUAUUGCAACGACAUUAUGUUCAACUUUACAGAUGUCCCCAAUAUAAAAUCUAUGCCCCGAGAAGAACUGUGCCAUACAUGCCACAUUCGCCGUCUCGCUAUGAUGCAAUCCUCUCAAUACUCCAUCUACGACGACUUCUUCAAAGAGCAACUCGAAUACGUCUACACACAAUGCGGCGGUACCGGUCCAACAACCAUCCCAACCGCUCUCGUAACCACGAUUCCAACUCCAACCCCCUACUGCGUGUCCGGCAAACGUUACACAACCCUCCAAACCGACACCUGCGAAUCCAUAGCCAACAGUAACUCCGUCUCCUCCGCCUCUCUCUACAUGGGCAACCAAGCACUCCUCCCCUCCUGUCUCACCAUCUCCCCCGGUAUCAGCCUCUGCCUCCCCAUAACCUGCCAAACAUACUACUUGCAACCCAGCGACACAUGUAUCUCGAUCGAAAUGGCCCUCGGACUCGAUUUCGACCAACUCCUCUCCUACAACAGCUGGCUCAACCCCACCUGCAGUAAUCUCCAACCCGCCACCGAUUUCUACGGCAAAAUCAUCUGCGUCUCCCCGCAAGGCGGCACAUUCACAGGCACAGCAACCCCCCCUGUCCCAACCGAGCCCUCGGAUGGCUAUACACGGGUUUCCAUUCCCCCACCUGCAGAUAUUCCUAUCGCUGCGGGCACUACACUCAACUGUGGAAAAUGGCACGUGGUACUCACAUCCGAUACCUGCACGACUAUUUGCGUGCAGAGUUCGAUCGAGGUGAGCUUAUUCCGAUUAGUGAAUCCGUCACUGGCUAGUGAUACUUGUACAUUGUCUUUGGUGCCGGGAACGGCGCUAUGUGCUGGGCCUACUUAUUCAUGGAAUAUUACUGCGCCGGUGACGAGUACGGUGUUAGAGAGCAUUUCUACUGUCGUUGGGGUCAGGAGGGGAGAGGCGACGAUGGUUAUGAGGGGGGAAGUGGGUUGUUUGUGA